AUGGAAGAAAAAACUACAAACAAUCAUAAUUGAAGAGAGUUAUUAGAGAGAAUUAAGAAAGGGAAGAAUGGAGAAAGGAAGUAUUGUGAUGAUAUUGUUGUUGGCUUUGGGGGUUUUGAGCUUGGCAAAUGCUCAAAGUGCCACAAAUGUAAGAGCUACUUAUCAUUUGUAUAACCCACAAAACAUCAAUUGGGACUACAUGAAGGCAAGUGUUUAUUGUGCAACAUGGGAUGCUAACAAGCCUUUGGAGUGGCGUCGUCGGUACGAUUGGACUGCUUUCUGUGGCCCAGUUGGCCCUCGUGGCCAAGCUUCUUGUGGACGUUGUUUGAAGGUAACUAACGUUGAAACGAAAGCUUCAACAACAGUGAGAAUUGUUGAUCAAUGCUCCAACGGAGGGUUAGAUUUGGAUAUAAAACCAUUUAAAGCGAUUGAUACGAAUGGAAAUGGAUACAAGAAUGGCCAUCUCAAGGUCAACUAUGAGUUUGUCAAUUGCUAAUUAAUCUACUUUAGUUUCUUUUCAUUCUUCCUAAAAGAAGAAAACAAAAUCAUGUUCUACUAAAUAAAGUAUGAAGAAAUAAAGGCUUUAGUUUAUGAGCUCUUUUUUAUGAAAUAAAAUGAGUUUUCAAUAACCAUAUGGCAAUGCCUUUUUUUAGAAUUAUCUCUGUUAAAGAAUAUUAGUUUAUGUUUGAAGUACUUUUUACUAUAUA